AAAAGUAUUAGGGCCGUUAUGUCAUUGCUCUUCGGAAGUGGCCUGAGAAUUGAUCAUCUUCUGCUUAUCCACUUCCCCAGACGACCACUCUGAAAACCCCAUAUUCAUCCCUGCAACCUGAUUACCUUCCAGGUUUUCUUUCUUAUUUUGGGUACGGGUCGUGACCCGAAAAAGUGCAGAGACUGCUUCCCUUUUCCCUUACAAUUGCCAAAGCACGGAACCAACGCAUAAAACUCCCCUCUUUCUCUGACAAUUUCUCCAUCGAUUACACCAGAUUACAGAAAUGUCCACUUCGCUUCUCCUCUCAAAUCACUUUUCUCCUAUUUCUUCCUCUCAUAGCUUCGUUAACCAACGAAAACGUCUAAAACCCGCCGUAUUUGUUCGUCUCCAUCACCCAACAAAGCUCAUCAGCUCGAAUUUUCUGGGAACAUUCAGUUUUCGUUCGAAUUCUUUUUCAUCUGCUCGCCGGAGAAUCCUUGCCUUCAGUUCACUCGGGGACGUCGGCGGAGAGAGUCCGGUCUCUGAGGAGACCGAGCUAGUAGGGGAGGACUCUGCGGCGUUCGAGUUGGGGAAGCAGAAGAUUACUUCAUGGGUUUAUUUUAGCAUUGUUUUGGGAGUUGUUCUGUAUAUUCUUGAUGUGGUUUGGAUUGAUAACUCUACUGGGUUUGGAAAGGCGUACAUUGAUGCCGUCUCUACUCUCUCUCAGAGCUCUGAGGUUGUUAUGUUGAUCCUCAUUCUCAUUUUUGCCACUGUGCACAGUGGCUUGGCAAGUGUCCGAGACAUUGGCGAGAAACUUAUCGGAGAACGUGCAUUCCGUGUUUUGUUUGCAGGAAUAUCUUUUCCAUUGGCUGUUAGCACUGUUGUUUACUUUAUAAACCACAGAUAUGAUGGAGUGCAGUUAUGGCAGCUCCAAAGUGUUCCUGGGAUGCACGAAAUUGUGUGGAUUUCAAAUUUUAUAUCCUUCUUUUUCCUUUAUCCUUCUACCUUUAAUCUACUGGAGGUAGCAGCUGUCGACAAGCCAAAGAUGCAUCUUUGGGAAACUGGAAUCAUGAGAAUCACCCGGCAUCCACAGAUGGUUGGGCAGGUGAUCUGGUGCUUGGCUCAUAUGGCCUGGAUUGGCAACUCUGUAGCAGUUGCGGCUUCUCUUGGUUUGAUUGGACACCAUUUAUACGGGGUUUGGAAUGGAGACAGACGAUUAGCAAUACGUUACGGAGAGAAUUUCGAAGUUCUUAAGAGCCGGACAAGCAUAAUUCCUUUUGCAGCGAUUCUCGAAAGCCGGCAGAAGCUGCCUAAGAAUUAUUACAAGGAAUUCAUCCGGUUGCCGUAUCUGGUUGUCACUGCCAUGACACUGGGUGCCUAUUUUGCUCACCCACUUAUGCAGGCAGCCAGUUACCGGCUUCAUUGGUAGUAGGUAAAAAUCAAUAUACAGACUUAAUUCUGGUGUAUAUGACAAAGAUUUCUGGUGAUAUAAAACAUGUUAUCAUUGUAUCCAAAGGCAAAGUUCUUGACUUUUUAUAAUUCAAUUUGCACAUUUUCAUGUGAUAUAUAAUAUGGUUUUAAACGCA